AUGUCGGGAUAUCCGGGUUACAAUUCUGGCCGCUACGGCCCACCGCAACCCCAAUACCAUCAGCAGCCUCAGGGCAAUUAUUACCCACCCCAACCUUCAUACGGCGGUGGCUACCCGCAGGGCCAGCCUUCUCCUCAGCCGCCGUUCGGUUACCAACAACAGCCUCCCCAACAGCAGUACUACUCAGGGCCUCCUCCUCCUCCUCAGCAGCAGCAGCAGCAGCAGCAGCAGCAGCAGUACGGUGGCCACUACCAACAAGGACCUCCUCAACCUAAUUACGGCUCGCGACCUGGUGGCGGCCCCGCUCCUCCUCCUACAGCACCUCAGCAAUUCGGUCAUGGCGCUCCCAAUAGCUACAACUUCAGAUACUCGAACUGCACCGGCAGGAGAAAAGCUCUUCUCAUUGGAAUCAACUACUUCAACCAGCGCGGUCAGCUCCGCGGCUGCAUCAACGAUGUCCGCAACAUGACUGCUUAUCUUUCCGAGCACUUUGGCUAUAAGCGUGAGGAUAUGGUGAUCCUUACCGAUGAUCAGCAAAACCCCAUGAGCCAGCCAACCAAACAAAACAUUCUUCGAGCUAUGCAUUGGCUAGUAAAAGAUGCUCGACCUAACGAUUCUUUAUUCUUUCAUUACUCAGGUCAUGGUGGACAAACAAAGGAUCUUGAUGGCGACGAAGACGAUGGCUACGACGAAGUCAUUUACCCGGUUGACUUCAGACAGACUGGCCAUAUCACCGACGACGAGAUGCACCGCAUCAUGGUUCGCCCCCUACAAGCUGGUGUUCGCCUGACAGCAAUCUUCGAUUCGUGUCACUCUGGUACCGCCCUCGAUCUGCCCUACAUUUACUCCACGCAAGGCAUUCUCAAGGAGCCCAACCUGGCCAAGGAAGCAGGACAAGGCCUGCUUGGUGUCAUCUCCUCAUACAGCCAGGGCGAUCUUGGAGGCGUGGCCAGCAAUAUUUUCGGCUUUAUCAAGAAGGCUGCCAAUGGCGACGAGGUUCGCGAGCGCAACUUGAGGACAAAGACCUCUCCAGCCGACGUUAUCAUGUGGUCCGGCAGCAAAGAUGAUCAGACUUCUGCCGAUGCAACUAUCGCCUCCCAAGCUACCGGCGCCAUGUCUUGGGCCUUCGUCACCGCGCUCAAGAAGAGUCCUCAGCAGAGCUACGUUCAGCUUCUGAACAGCAUCCGUGACGAGCUCGCAACACGAUACACCCAGAAGCCUCAGCUGUCGUGUAGUCACCCCCUUGACACAAACCUACUAUUCGUCAUGUAA